CUCCUCCUUUUCUCUCGCUCCUCAGUAGAGCUGCCAUUUUUCAGGACGUAAAAUCUGGAGCGAAGGUGCCUGACACAAUAUGUCUCAAAAUCCAGAACUCCUUCACUUCAAAUUUUCAAAUUAUGGGGAUUCGAUGUUGCAAAAAAUGAAUUUGCUGAGAAAACAAAACCGGUUCUGUGAUGUUACAGUGCAUGUCAAUGACUUGGAGGUACAAGGACACAAGGUUGUCUUUGCUGCAGGAUCCCCCUUUCUGAGGGACCAGUUUCUACUUAAUGAUUCCAAGGACAUAAAAAUCUCUAUCUUUCAGAGCUCAGAGGUUGGGAAACAACUUUUGCUUUCCUGUUACACUGGAUUUUUAGAAUUUCCAGAGAUGGAGCUUGUUAAUUACUUGACUGCUGCAAGCUUUCUUCAGAUGGGUCACAUUGUGGAAAGAUGUACAGAAUCUUUACUCAAGUUUAUUAAGCCUAGAGAUGCCCCAAAGGAUCAAGGUGCUUCAUCAGUGAGUGUUCAACCAAAUCAGGAAAAUCUGUCCACUGAGCCAGUGACUGUGCAAGACAUUGAUGAUAAAGAAGAGGAGGAUGAGGAGGAAGAACAAGAUGACGUGGAAGAGGAUGUCAUUAUGCAGCCCGAUUCUCCCAGCAUUCAACAAGUGGAUGACAAUACAGAUGGUGAGGAUAAUGCUAUUACGAUUGUGAAGGUAGAAUCAAUUGGAGAUCAGGCACCCAUGUCAAGUGGUAAGCUUCAAACACACUUCCCGUCACCGGCUCCAACUGCUUUGCACACUCCUGAGCCUCAGCAUUCCCUCAUCAAUUCCACUGUGGAUACAAGAAUUGGAGAAAUAGUAGGAAGCCAAGCACAAAGUUAUAGCUCUUCUGCAGGCACAGACACUCUCGUGCUUGGCAAAAAUAAUUUUGGAGGCUAUAUGAGGAAUCAGGAAAAAUGUCUUCAGUGGUACCACCAAUGUCCAAAGUGUGCAAGAGUCUUUCGUCAACUAGAAAACUAUGCUAAUCAUCUGAAGAUGCACAAGCUCUUUAUGUGUUUGCUAUGUGGAAAGACCUUCACCCAGAAAGGUAACCUUCACAGACACAUGCGAGUGCAUGCUGGAAUCAAGCCUUUCCAGUGUAAGAUCUGCGGAAAGACAUUUACACAAAAAUGCUCUCUCUUAGAUCACCUCAACCUGCACAGUGGAGACAAGCCACAUAAAUGUAAUUACUGUGACAUGGUAUUUGCACACAAGCCUGUUUUAAGGAAGCACCUCAAGCAGAUCCAUGGGAAGAACAGUUUUGAUAAUGCUAACGAGAGGAAUCUGCAGGAGAGCUCAGUAGAUUAUGAAUAUGGUAGAGCCCAUGACACAGAUGCUGAAAAUGCAGAUCAUAGUAUGAGUUCUAUACAGCUGCAGAGUGAUUUGUAGAUGGAGCACAGUUUAAAGCUUUAAAAGUGGUCCAGCUUUUCCUUCCACCACCAACAUGCAAAAUGGCACUGCUUAUAAAAAGUUGGAAAUACAGGGUAGCACACAAAAGCUCCUCAGUGACUAUUGUAAUCAAGUGGUAUCAUUUCAAUUAACAGUUAACCCAAUUUAACAUAUUUUUCCAUUAUUGCUGCUCAAAUACAUUUUCAGAUAUAUUCUUUAUUCGAUUGGGUCAAUGGGAGCCCUAGUUCUAGUGACUGCAGCAUGUAUGGCUGCUGUAUACAAAUUAAUUCUCAACGAAAUAAUAAUGUUAAUUCAUUAUGAGCCAAAUGUCAUUUUUUUUAAAUAACUCUAAAAGUUAGUUAGGGCCAUGAAAUUUUUCAUUUCAUGUACAGAAGUCGAGAAAAGAGAAACUUUUUGUUGAGAAACUGUCCCAAAAUUGCAAAAGACAGUGAGUCCAAUUACUUAGUGUUGCAACUUACUAACCUGAAAUGCCAAAUGUUACUGUACAAUUGAAAUGUCAUAUUUGGAACAGGAUGUCUGUGUUGUCCUCAGUUCUGGAGUUUCUUCAGCUACAAACCCCUUCUGCACUCUGCUGAUGAUGAUUCUAAGCCAAACCUGACAGAUUCUGCACCAUUAUAUCAUGACCAUUUAUUAUUCUGGUUAUGGCUAAUGCUUUGAAAAUUGUAGAUAUCACCAAGACAAAUGAAAGAUAGAUGAAAUAUGCAUCCUUACUUAAGUCUUCAUCCCUGCAUUACUCACUUUUGUGUUUUUGAAAUUUCUUUAAGCAUUAUGAAAAUAGCAAAUAAUAACUAUUUAACAUUAAUCAAGCAAAAAAGGUCAAUAUUUACAUUUUGCAAAACAAAGAAGAGGUCACUGCUUAAUUGCCCUGCAGUCUGAGGUAGGCAGCCCUUAUCCUGGAGGGACACACUGACUAUUGGUUUAUAUUUUCUUAUUUUCAGGUCACUACUAGGCAAAUAUAAACUUUUUGCCCAAGUUUUCUGUGUACAAUCUCAAUGAUUACCUAUAGUACAGGAUUUAUGUUUCUAUUAUAUUCUUAGUUUUUGGAUUGGUACAGUGGGUAGCACUGCAACCCCACAACUCCAGGGGCCUAAUUUCAGGUUUUUGUUUCAUUUCUGACUGUGUGGAGUUUGCUCAUUACUGUCAUCUUUAUAAGAUGUGACUUUAAGUGUCCUCUCUAAAUUGACAACAUGUAAGUGAGUGUGAUUUACAAUGCAUAAAUGUGUAACCCAAAUUUGGUUUCAGCCUUGUGGCUUAUUCUGAUUAUAUACAGAGCAUUGACCUAGUGUGAUUUCAAUGUGGAAAAAGUGUUAAUAAUUGUGAGGGAAAAUCAAUCUGCCAAACCCUUGUAAAGUCAUGGGGAAUGGCAGCCUAUAUUAGUGGCUGUAGAUGCAAGGGAGAAACCAAUUCUGGACUGGAGGAAAUUACCAAAGAAACCCCACAAGGGCACAUGAAAAAUAUGUAAAUUGAAUAGAGAGAGAGAGAGAGAUCAGAUCAGAUCAGAAAUCAAAACUAAUCUCCUGGAGUUGUGUGGCAGCAAUGCUAACCAUUUCAGAAAUAUGUUCAUUUCUUUUGCAACAUUUUGUUCCUAACAGUCUGGUUUGUGUUUAUCUUUUCUUUAAGCCUGUUUUAGAAAGUGUUAAGUAGUCAGUUAUCAAAGAACUGCAAACAACAAAGGAGCCAAGAGUUACCAGCUACCUCAGUGUCAUUUGUACCUGUUUUUGUUCAUCAUAAAGUAGCUAUCUGACUAAACUCUUUCUGAAAAAUAUAAGAGAAGUAAUAAGAAAUUGAGAAAUACUAAUCCAUCCCAGUCCCUAGAAAAGUAAUAUGUGACCUGAUUAGAGUUUUUGAUGUGGCAGCAUAAGAAUAGAAGUAAGCCCUGUAAUCUGACAUUUUCAUUAAUACCAUGUAAUGGCUAUUAACGAAAUAAUGUUUGGGAUAAAAUUCUGAAGCAACUUUGGCCACCUAAGGUUUGUCUGCAUCUUUGCUAGGUUAUGUGCCUAAGUCAUUUUUUGAUUAGCAUUUUCCUGGAAUUUGUCUCCAACUGUUAUUGAAGCUCAUGUGUACAUAUGCCUAUUUUAAGAACUUCACUUUACAUUAAAAGGAUUUAGCAGUUGACUUCACUGCAGUGCAGAUGUUAAGCAGCUCCUGAACAUUUCAGCACAUUACCCAAGUUGCUGCUCCUAUCACUUGAUGUGCAGUGGACUGCUGAUUCUGUCAUUCUGGGCAUUUGAUGUAUCAGGACCAAAGUAUAUGUUCCAUUCAUUACAAUUACUGUAUACUGUGAACUUAUGGCAGCUAAACAUAUUCUGUAUGUACAUGUUUGUUUUAUUGUUUUCAAUGCAUUGGAUAAAAAAACACAUAUGUAUGUUA